CUUUCUUUAAUUUUUUAAAUGAAUUUCUAUCUCGGUUUCAUUUUUUUCCUUUUAGUGUUGAGUCUUCCUUGCCAAUAAGACGCAAUUUUGUUCCUAUACAACUUUUAGGGGUUUUUCUUUUAGCAAUUUAUAGAUGGGCAAGUACAAUUGACGGAAAAUCAACGAUUCUGAAAGUCUGAAAACAUAUGACUUGAUUUUUUUUUUUUCAUUUUAUCAUAAUGAGUUUGGAUUAAGUUUUUGUUAAGCUUAUUAGGGUUUAUCGAUUUGAUGUCUGCAUAUCCUCCUGGAUUUUGGGCAGUCUAAAAAUUUUUCUGCUAAUUAUUCCGUUUUGUGCAAUUCUGUACAAACUUCAAUCAGUAAUCGCGCGUCCCUGAAUGAAAUUGUCCUGAAACCAUAUAAAAUCAACUCAAACAAAGAAAGCAAAAAAAAAAAAAAAAGGUCAUGAAACUCCUUAGCAACCGAUGCUCAAAGGUGAACUUAAUCCCACACUUGGGACUGCUUUGCUAUUGAAGGCCAUGGCGUUGAACUUUCUAUCUGAAGACGACUUUUAGCUCAUGUUUAGUUUUGUUGAUAAGAGAAAAGCGCUUCAGGUUUGUUUUAAAGUGUUUCUAACAUGACCCCACCUAUCAUGAUGGAUGAUAGUGUUGAAGAUGAUGAUUCCUUCACCAAUCCCCUUAGAAGAUUGACUGUUCUUUAUUAUGGCAUGGGACACAUGCUAAAUGACAUCACUGCUGCAUGUUGGUUUACUUACCUCUUAUUGUUCCUGACAGAUAUUGGACUUUCUCCAAGGUAUCUAUCUCAUCAGCUUUUUAUGCAGAUUAUAAGGAUAAAGUACAUUUGUAAAUUAGAUGCUGCUGCUGUUAUGCUUUCUGGUCAGACAGCUGAUGCGUUUGCUACCAUAUUUGUUGGUGAACUGAUAGACAGGUUUGGACAUUUCAAAAUAUGGCAUGCUGCAGGAUCUGUUUUGGUUGCUGUUUCAUUUUCUUCAGUUUUUGGUGGUUGCAUGCCAUGUAGAAUCCUUGCUACGUCUUCACUGACUGUGGAAACUAUCUCAUACUGUGUUUUUGCUGCCAUCUUUAAUGUAGGCUGGGCUGCUACACAGGUUUCACACAUGUCAAUGGUAAACUGUAUCACCCUGAAUUCAACUAUUAGAGUAGUGUUGACAAGCUGCCGCAAUGCUUUUACAAUGGUUGCCAACCUCAGCCUAUAUGCUAUUGCUCUAAUUGUUUUUGGUGUGAGCAGUUCUAAAACACAUGCUGAUCUUGAAAAUCAGUACCGGUGGAUCGCAUACUCAUCAAUUUUUAUUGGAUGUUGCUUUGUGGGAAUAUUUCUUCUUGGAACAAAAGAACCAAGAUUAAAGCUGGAUGUACAAGGAAAUAGACACACAAGGAUUUCAUGGGUGUACUGGUUCAAGAAAACUUUAUACUAUCAAGUUGCUCUUGUUUAUGUGCUCACCAGACUAGUAAUCAAUGUUUCACAGGCAUAUCUUGCAUUCUAUGUCAUUGAUGAAUUGCAAAUGGCCCAAUCAGCUAAAGCACUGGUUCCUGCUAUCAUCUACAUAUGCAGUUUCAUUGUUUCCAUUAUUCUUCAGGAAAUGGCAUGGACUGGCCAACGCCUGAAGGCUUUCUAUUCAGCUGGAGGCAUCAUUUGGAUAAUUUGUGGUGCAGCAAUCCUUGUUUUACCUAGAAGCAUGAGUUCAUUCAUGUAUGUCAUAUCUAUAUGUAUGGGUAUAGCAAAUGCGCUAAUGAUGGUAACUGGAAUAAGCAUGCAAAAUGUGCUAAUUGGUGAAGAUCUCAACGGCUGUGCAUUUGUUUGUGGAACAUUGAGCUUUUUGGACAAAAUGUCAUGUGGGCUUGCCCUUUAUGUUCUUCAGUCGUAUCAAAGUUCUUCACCUACAUUCCUGGAUAACUGCUCAACAAGUAGUGCUUGUAUUUCGGUUACGAGAUAUGGUUUGGGUCUUGUUCCAGCAUUUUGUUCUCUUGUUGGAGUGGUUGUCACAUACACCAUGGAACUACAUACUCAAUAUUCAAAACCUUUGAUGGAACCCCUUUUGGAAUGAAGUCCAAAAAGAGAGAAUUACUGUGAACAUAUGCAACUUCCAGGAGGUGUUACUACUUUUGUUUAUCAUCUGAAAAGAGCACUAAGGCCUUGGCAAUUCUCUGUUGGUAGAUGAAAUAUUUGAAUACAUAUUAGUUCGAGUGAGAUGAUUCUUUACAUAUUUUAUUUUGGAACAAAAGAGAAAAGCAAGUCAUCGCUUGCGUUUCAAUGUGACAAAACAUUUUACAAUAGAAUUUUAAUACUCAGAUAUUUGAAUAGAAAAACAUCCAUAUACGUUGAAAUGUCACAAAACAGAUGUAUUAAUUCUCAAUAGUUAAUGAAGAAAUAUCAUUCGUAUUCA